GAUUGGAGGAGUCCGUUUUUCUUCUCCUGAGUCGCAGAGCCAUUGGUCGCUACCGCUGUCAAUCAGCUCGGCCCCGCCUCCAGCGUUUGUUUGGUAGAGUUGAUCGUGUUCUCAUUCUCUCUGUCGCGGCUGUGGGCUGGAGCCGCUGUCCUCGGACUGGCACAUUCCUUCGUUUUUAUUUCUCAUCCUUUGAUUCGAUCCCCCCUCUAAAUUCUGCAAGCAGGGCUCCCGACAGACAAUUUGCCGUCUGCUCAUUCAAUUUGAUAGUCUUGAAUCCCCAUCAAGAGAAAUAGUAAAGAUGGCGGUGAGCGGGAUGUCAGGCUCGGUCGUCGCCCGGCUCGAGGGCCGAGAGUUCGAGUAUCUGAUGAAGAAGCGCUCGGUCACCAUCGGACGGAAUUCCUCACAAGGCUCCGUGGACGUGAGCAUGGGCCAUUCGAGCUUCAUUUCACGGAGGCACCUGGAGAUUUUCUCCGCCGGCGAGGAUGGAACGGGAAGCGGAGAUUUCUACCUUCGAUGCCUCGGCAAAAACGGGGUGUUCGUGGACGGGGUGUUUCAGAGACGGGGGGCUCCUCCUCUGCAGCUGCCCCGCAUGUGCACUUUCCGAUUUCCCAGCACCACUAUCAAAAUUACGUUCACUGCCUUGUCCAGCGACAAGCGAGAGCGCAGGAACGCGCCGGAGUCUCCUGUGAAAGCAGUGCAAGUCCAGAUCUCGCCGCUGACCAUCAACAUCCCAGACAACAUCGCCCACCUGAUGAGCCCGCUCCCGUCUCCCACAGGUACACUCAGCGCUGCUAACUCCUGUCCAUCGAGUCCCCGAGGAGCAGGACUGUCCAGUUAUAAGAUGGGUCGUGGACUCACAGCUGAUCUCAUCAAUGAAAACUCACAAUCUGAAAAUGACAAGGAAGCGUCUGGAGGAGACAGUCCAAAAGAUGACUCCAAGCCUCCUUACUCGUAUGCACAGCUUAUUGUUCAGGCCGUCACAAUGGCACCUGACAAACAACUAACACUGAAUGGAAUAUAUACCCACAUUACUAAGAAUUAUCCAUAUUACAGGACCGCAGACAAGGGCUGGCAAAACUCGAUUCGUCACAAUCUGUCCUUAAACCGCUAUUUUAUCAAAGUGCCCCGAUCUCAAGAGGAGCCGGGCAAAGGCUCUUUCUGGAGGAUAGACCCCUCGUCUGAAGGAAAGCUUAGCGAACAAGCUUUCCGUAAGCGCAGGCCUCGCGGCGUGCCGUGCUUCAGGACUCCACUCGGGCCGCUCUCAUCCAGGAGCGCUCCAGCUUCUCCUAACCACACGGGGGUGCUGUCAGCUCACUCCAGCGGCGUUCAGACUCCAGACAGCUUAUCAAGAGAGGGCUCACCUGUUCCUGUGGACCCCGAGCCCACGCCUGCCUCAGCUCACGCUCACGCCGUUCAGCCCAAGCUAGCAGUCAUUGCUCAGAAUGCUCCAGGUUCGCCUCUCAACACCCAACCGGUUCUCAUCACAGUUCAGCGGCAGCUACCGCAGACCAUCAAACCUGUGACCUACGCCGUGUCCGCUCCCAGCUCCCAGCAGCCCCUGAUGCAGACGCUGCAUGUGCUGCACCAGAUCCCUGCUGUUUCUGUGACCGGACUGUCUGCAGCAGAGCCGGGGUUUGUCCAGUCCAGCAUCGCUAAAGCAGAGCCACACCAGAACGGAGAGCACCAGGAGCUCAGAGUGAAAGUGGAGCCGGUGCCUGCUAUCACAGCCAGCUCUCUGGGCUCGGGUCGUGUUCUGCAGUCCUGCCCCGUACAGACGGUCACUAUCCUGCAGCAGGCUCCGGUGGGCCAGCAUCAGCUGCCUGUCAAAGCCAUCACUCAGAACGGGACGCAUGUGGUCACUGCUGUCAGCAACACGGCGAGUCCUCUGCACAUGCUGGCGACCCACGCCUCAGUCUCAGCGUCUCUCCCGACCAAACGCCAGAACCCAGACCCAGCGGAGCCCAACACCAAAAGAGCCAAGACUGAAGACGGAGCCGUCCCCAUCACCGCCGAGACACCAGCACAGCGCCACUGACUAGGGCAGCCGUGUCACGACCUUUGACCUCAACCCAUGUUCUGUUUCUCCCCGCCUGCCACGCACCUGCUGCAGCCCCUUCACCUGUUAACGAAUCCCAGGUGCCAGAUAGUGAGCGGAGAUGAAAGUCAGUGGAUGUUGGAGAGAAGGAGCGAUUAGAAUCGAGAGAAGGAGGGACAGUGGGCCUUUACAUGAAUAGGUACAUACCCAGAUAUAUGCACACACCUAUAUUAAUAUAGCCUACCUAUAUGCCUAGGUUUGCGGCUGUAACCCAGCAGAGAAGGUCUCCGUCUGUGAGCUCUGGGACGAACCUCCUUUGUGUUUCCGAACAAACGACCGGCCAGUGACCAAUAUGAAUAUUACUGUAAUUGUGACGCAUGUGUGUGAGAUGUGUGCUCGCGAUGGCCCUGUUCCCAAUCAGAGGUCUUGAACAGCUGCAUUCGACUGAAAAGACUGGCCAAACAUCACUGAACACCGAUCAGCUCUUAAAAUGUGAACCUGCUCCUUAUGUCAGCUUCAUCUUCACACGUGUGGAAACGAGCGAUUGCUCGUGGGGAGGUUUGUUCCUGUAUCACGGCAGCUAGCGACCACGUCCACUACCUAAUGCAGUCUGGAGCAGAGAGGCAGUAUUUUGUCGUACUUGUACUUUAGGAUCUUAUUUGUGGCACAAAUACUCCACUAAACGGGCAGUGCUGAUGUGAGGUCACUUGGCGUUUUUCCGUUUUAUUUUCAUUUUUAAAGACGUGGACUCGUGGUCAUGGAAAUGAAUGUAGUUUCUUCAUUUUUAUUUUAUUAUUAUUAUUAUUAUUUUUAGAAAAAAAAAGAAACACUAUUGAGGGUUUGAGUUAUUUGCCAUUACAUCAAAUCAAAACGAUGUUUACUCGCAUCCUCUUCUUUUUCAUAUUUUAACCAAUAACCUAUGAGAUAGAUAUAUUUCCAUUUGUACUUUAUUAAAAUAUAUCAGCUUGCAUGAAUGUGUUGAGAAAAUGUGCUGUAUCUGACUCGUUCCCUGACUGCAGAAGAUGAAAGAGAAAAA